AUGAUAGCUGGAACCUCAGAUUUAUUGCUGGGAUGUGAGAAAGAACCACAGUGUGAGAGUAAGGUGAUUUUGUCUCUUCUGGGCGUGGCUCUUCUGGCCUCCGUGGCUCAAUCUGGUGGACACGGAGGUGGUGGUGGACACGGAGGAGGAUAUGGGGGCGGAGGCUACGGUGGUGGAGGCUACGGAGGCGGAGGACACGGAGGUGGUGGCUACGGAGGCGGAGGACACGGAGGUGGUGGCUACGGAGGUGUUGGUGGAACAUCAAACAACAAAUUCAACCUCGCAGGCCCUAAAGGUGGUGGAUAUGGUGGCGGCGGCGGCCACGGCGGCGGUGGAUUCGGUGGCGGCGGCGGCUACGGAGGCGGCGGCCAUGGCGGUGGUGGCUACGGCGGCGGUGGAUACGGUGGCGGUGGCCAUGGCGGCGGUGGAUACGGUGGCGGUGGCCAUGGCGGCUAUGGUGGUGGUCAUGGAGGAGGGUACGGGAAGUAA